UCUGCAUCGCUGGUUUUUAGGUUUAGUUUUUAUUCUGGAGCUUUUGUUGCUGUUGCUUUGGUGCUUUCUGAAUAUGUAACUUGAUUUCCCUGUCAGUUCAAUUUUUUUUAUUUUUACCUAUACUGGAAGUCAAUUGGAUUUCAAUUUCUAGAUAUUUUGUUGAAUUAUAGAGGAAUCUGGCCAAGCAAGCGCCAUUUCGAAGUGGAAUUCUUAGAUUUUCCUCAGUUUUUCUUUAUUUCUUCUAAAAAAUUUGUGGAUAAUAAUUGGCGUUCUGCUUAACUUAAUCAAUCAGAAGAUUUUAUUCAAUAGGCAAUCCAGGAUUGUGGAUUGUUGCAAAACCGAUCUUAAUCUCUACUUCAAUAAUUAGACCAAAAAUCUGAAGAUGACAACCGGAAGCUUCGAGCCUACCAGAGAAAAGAAGUCAAAGAAGGGCAAGAAGGCUGUUCUCAAUGAGAAAUCUCCAUUGUUGCCCUCCAAGCAUGGGGAAGAGGUUGGAUUUGAUGAGUUCAAUGGAGCUUCUUUCAGCGGUGCCGUGUUUAACCUGUCAACGACAAUUGUUGGCGCUGGGAUUAUGGCUUUGCCUGCAACCAUGAAAGUGCUGGGGCUUGUCUUCGGGAUUCUUGUAAUUGUAUUUAUGGCAUUCUUGACAGAGGCCUCGAUAGAAUUUAUGAUCAGGUUUAGCAGGACGGCAAAGUCGACUUCUUAUGCUGGUCUUAUGGAGAAUGCUUUUGGGAAGGUCGGUAGGAUGCUGAUUCAGAUAUGUGUAUUAGUCAACAACAUUGGUGUGCUCGUUGUCUACAUGAUUAUCAUAGGCGACGUUCUUUCGGGAACAACUGCUGAAGGAAUUCAUCAUGCUGGCGUCCUGGAAGGCUGGUUCGGAGCACAUUGGUGGAAUGGGCGAUUUUUUGUUCUCCUUAUCACCACUGUCGGGAUAUUCGCUCCUCUGGCUAGCCUAAAACGAAUCGAUUCGUUGCGAUACACCUCUGCUCUAUCGGUUGCUUUGGCUGUCGUGUUUCUUGUCAUCACUAUCGGUAUAACUCUCUUUAAGUUGAUCGAUGGAAGUGUCCUGAUGCCCAGAUUGUUCCCCGAGGUUUCGGGUCUCUCCUCAGCCCUCAACCUCUUCACGGUAGUUCCCGUUCUCGUCACCGCCUACAUCUGCCAUUACAACGUUCACUCGAUAGACAACGAGCUCGAUGACAACACAAAGAUAACAGGGGUAGUGAGAGCUUCCCUCGCACUGUGCUCGUCGGUCUAUGUAAUGACGAGCCUCUUCGGGUUCCUCUUGUUCGGCGACGCGACUCUGGAUGACGUCCUCGCAAACUUCUCGACCGACCUCGGAAUUCCAUUCGGUUCCUUGCUUAACGACGCUGUCCGUGUCAGCUAUGCUGCCCACUUGAUGCUUGUUUUCCCGAUCGUAUUUUAUCCUCUCCGUCUGAACUUAGACGGCCUCCUCUUCCCGUCGGCGAGGCCUCUGACUUCAGACAACCUCAGAUUCGCGUCGCUCAGCUUUGGACUCAUCGGAGUCGUCUUUCUCGGCGCGAAUUUCAUUCCGAGCAUUUGGGACGCCUUCCAGUUCACCGGAGCCACUGCCGCCGUCUGCAUCGGUUUCAUUUUCCCCGCUGCGAUUACUCUUCGGGAUCGAUAUGGCAUAGCCACGAAAAAGGACAAGGUCCUGUCUGUUUUCAUGAUCGUUCUCGCCGUCUUCUCCAAUGUUGUCGCGAUAUACAGCGACGCCUACGCUCUCUUCAAGAAUGGCCCUUCUCACCGUGAAUGAUCGAUCGAUCUCUUCGUCGAUUAUUCGGCGCAAAAUUGGGCAUGGGAAGACCAGGGUCUACACUCACUCUACAGGGUUGCCUGUCUGGUAAAUGUACAAAGGUCUGUCUGUAUGUUAUUAUCUCUUCUCUGAGAUGGGUUUGGUUUGCUGCGGGUAUUGUUGCUGUGUGCUUUUUUGUUAUGUUUUGAUUAUUGCAGAAGAUUGAAUAAUGAACGUUCUGUUCUGUUCUGUUCUGUUCCUGGAACGAACAAUUGUUGUACAAGAGUUGCCUGAGAAUCUAUCUCAGGCCUAGAUUUUAAUUUUAUUAAGAAUUUGUUAAACUUA